UGUAAACAACGUCUUUAGAAGAUAUAAUGAACAGAAUUGUGUUUUUAAUCAUAGUGUUUCUCAAUAUUGUUGUUGAUGUUAAUUUGUUUAUAAAUGCAAAUCCAAACGCCGAAUUUAUAUUAGGUAAAAUAAAGCAACAACUGUUUAAACAUGACAAACAAACUGCUGCUGUAUUAAAAAAUGUUGAAAACAAAUUAAAUGAUAUCCUUCAUUUUUCCCAUUCGCUGUCUUGUAAUACAGAUCAACCAUGUUGUACGAAAAUUGACAAUGUUUCCAAAGAUAUUGAAAACAUUCAAAUGGAAAUUAUUGGGAGCGUAAAUAAAAUGACGACGUUAACAGAAAAUUCAAAUUCUCAAAAUGUUCUUCUGAAUAACCUUCUAACGAUACAUGACAGCUUAAAAAAGCUAAAUAAGCAACAAGUAGAUGACAUAAACGAUCUCAAACAUGCUAUUAAUUACGUUAUUGUGGAAAAAUUUGGUGUAAAUCGAGAAUUGAUAGAAACAUUACUUAAAACAAACACCGUUGGAAUAAAUGACUCAGAACUAUUAAAAGAAAUAAAAAAUGACAACAUUUCAAAUAAUGUUAAUAAUUUAAUUAGCGAGGUUGUUACUUACAGUAUAAAUAAAAUUAUCACAGAAUCGAUAAAAGAAAAUGAUAUUAAAAUUAACGAACUAUCUACUCAAUUAACAAGAAUUGAAUUAAAUCAAAACGAAAUAAUUUCAAAGCUAAAUUUUGAAAUUCAAAAUAAUGCAGAAGAUACAAAAAAAUUGAUUAAUAACGUUACCAUUGAAAAUGAGUACAAUCGAAAAAAGAGUGUUGAUCAACUUAUUGUUCAAAUUGAUACUAUUAAAAAUGAUAUUAAAAACUAUCUUACUGUUCAAGCUAAAAGAACCGAAACCUUAUACCAGCAAGAAUCUGAAAAAAUGGACGAAAUACUAAAAAUUCUUGAUGAAAUUUUGGUUAAGAUUGAAACGAUUGAAAAUGGCCUUAACGAAAAGCAUUACGAAAAAUCACGAGAUCAAUUUGAUUUAUUUGAAGCUAAAAUGAAUAUUUUUGAAAUCGAGCUACAAGACAUUAAACUUCAGAACAAAGAAGUUUUAAAUAUGCUUCAACAUUUUCAUAACACUGCUUCUUAUAGUGUUUCUACAAGUUUUAACAAUAGUGAAUACUUACCAAAUGAAUUUUCUAAUUUUGGAAAUGAUAGUUAUGAACACUACAGUGAAUCUUAAUAUCAGUAUUUUUCAGAUAUUUUAUUUCACAUGGAUACCAUAUACGUAAAUUAAGUUGAAUACUUAGCUAGUAAACGUUAUUUCAACAAAUAAUACACAUAAACAUUUAAAAAUAAGUUGCAACGCCUUGAAAUUAUUUAUAUUGAUUUAUUUAUUGGAAAUAGCAUCACGCGAAAGGAAACCUUUUAAACAAACUUUAUAGUCUU